CACAACAAGCCACUCUCUUACUCUUGGUCAUUGUCGCUCCCUAACUGAAUCUAAGCUAGCUCUAUAACUGAGUGCUGGACUUCUCCUAUAUAUAUAGCAUGCACACUCUUGCCUUUUCUUUCACUUAGUUGUAAAACAAACACAUGUAUCCUUCUCUCAUGGCCAAGAAUAGAGAGCACACUCUCUGGCUGCUGGUUCUACUGCAUAUUGCCAUUCCAUGUUCAUCGUAUGAGCAAAAACUGAACAGCAUUGAUCUUGCAGCUUUGGCAGCCAUAAAGAACAGCCUCACAGACAUUCCAGGCUCCAACUUCUUUUCCACCUGGGACUUCAUAUCCCCAGAUCCUUGCUCCACCUUCUCCGGCAUUACUUGCUCUCUCAAUCGAGUCACUGCUCUCACUCUCGGCACCGGACUCUCUGAUUCUCCGGGGCUUGCUGGCUCACUCUCCCCUUCCCUCUCCAACCUCACCUACUUAACCCAACUAAUCCUCUAUCCGGGCCUUGUUACUGGCCCCAUCCCUACCCAACUCGAUCGACUUACCAACCUGCGUGUCAUCUCCUUAACCAACAAUCGCUUAACCGGUUCUAUUCCCACCUCACUAGCAUCGCUCCACAAUUUGCACACGCUCGAUUUGAGUAACAACCGACUCACCGGCUCCAUACCUGUGGGUCUUUUCACAGCGUUGAGCCAAUUGAAAGUCGUCAUCUUUGCUUCAAAUUCCUUGUCCGGAGAGUUACCCAAGAGGAUAUCCGCUCCACUGCUGCAUUUGGAUCUGAAAAGCAACAUGCUAAGAGGCAUUUUGCCGUUAGAGAUGCCGUCAACGCUUCGUUACCUGUCGGUGUCGAGAAACGAGAUGUGGGGUCCACUCAACGGCCUAGAGUCGCUCUCAGAUUUAGUGUACCUGGACCUAAGCAUGAACCAGUUCAAUGGGCCCAUCCCUGCCUCUCUCUUCAGGCCUUCCCUCACUUGUUUGCUCUUGCAACGGAACAAUUUAUCUGGGGGCCUGGGGUUUGUGGACCCGUCUUCUGCAUCCUACGGUGAGGGAUCCAUCGUGGACUUGAGCCACAACUUGCUGAGCGGAGAGCUGACGCCAGUAUUGGCUGGGGUGGAGAGUUUAUUCUUGAAUAACAACCAUUGGAUGGGGACGGUUCCAAAGGAGUACGUUGACAGCGUGUACCGAGGCAUCACCAAAACCUUGUACUUGCAACACAAUUAUAUAACGGGGUUUCCUUUGGAACCUGGGAGGGCGUUGCCUGAUACGGCGUCGUUAUGCUUGUCUUACAAUUGUAUGGUUCCGCCAGUGGGGCUGACGACCACUUGCCCCAUCAGUGCCGGUGGGCAGUUCUCUAGACCAGAAUCACAGUGUGUUGCAUUCAACCAUGGAGUUGGGAACUCCAGGCAUUAAUGGUUUAAUAGUUAUAGUCUACAUCACAUAUCGGGUGAAUGCUAUAAAUAUGGGUCACGCUGCAUUUUAACUGCUUUGCGAUCGAGACGGACAAAUUCAUUAACUGUUCUAUCUCCAAGGAUUAUUUUAUUUCUUGAUAUAUAUUAUAGUUUAUACAAGGGAUCAGCGAGAUGUAUAAAGCAAAGGGCUGUGGUAUAAUAUAUAUAUAGCGAGUAAAUCCAAGGAUACAUUCCGAUGUAAAAUAAAAAAGAAUCCAAGUUUUCUAGUUUUCUUUUUUAAA